UACGUAGGAAGAGGGCACAAGAUGAGGUUGCAACACAUUUUCUUCCAGCAGAGUGAAAAACGCUUCCUCUCUGAGGAAAAAGAUUAUCCUCUGCAAUCUGGUGCGAGUUUCGCCUUUGCUGCUGUCUGCGUUUCAGAGACAAGAUUCCUGUUCUCUAAGAAUAAAAUGGGGAUUUACGCACUGGUGCAAACUCUGAUUUUCCUUUCAGAGGAACUAUCCUUAUUCAGAUAAUCUGCUCCUCUCAUCUUAUUUUUCCUAGAAAAACAGAAGUGGCUGAUGUAGCCCAGCCUCACCUGUUCAUCUUUUUCCAUGCGGCACUUAGAGGCUCCAAUUCCAUGUUCUGUUUCUUCUGACGGACAGUGGCACGCUGUCCUUAGAGCAGGUUUUAUAUUCUCAACAGCCCCGUACUCGCUGAUUUGAAAGCAGGAAAGGCCUCUUUCAAAUGUGAUGACCAAUGCUACUCGUGGGUAUUACCCUAGGUAGAGCAAGUUGUGUUAUAACCCAAAAGGUAGCGCACUCAUUGCUUUUUUUUUUAAUUUAUUUACUGUAUUGGAGCAAGACUGUAAGCUGUAAGAUAUCUGCAUUUACUCUUUGUCUCCUGUGGCUGUUGCAGAUGGGAAAACCCACAUCCCGUGUAGCUGAUGUGCCUCAGGUCCUCAUGAUGAAUGCACAAGGAAUACGAACCUUCCCCAAACUAUUCUUUGAGGAGAUGCUUCCUUCUGCCUGCACAGCCCAUGAGCAGCUCUCCUCUUCACUUGUGCUUGCUUUUCCUCUGCCAGAAAAACUGCCCCAUUUUUUGCUUUUUUUUUUUUGGUACUACAGCUUCCCUGUCUCCUAGUCUCGCACACGGAGGUCAUGUUCUCCUGGUCCUGUUCCCGCUUCAGAGCUGCUACAGCCAGAGCUUUUCUGUGGGGACAGAAGAGGAGCUACCCCAUUGCACACUGACUGCUAGCCAUGGGACUUUGAAAUGCUGGUGUCUGAUGACUUGCAAUAAUUAUGAUAUCCAAAAAUAACCUUUAUCUCUCAGUGUUACCACCAAGGUGUGAGAUGUGGGGGUAUGCUCAGCACCCAGGCCAUCUGCAAGGAAACAAAGGGCGGGAGAUAGGAACCAUCUGAGACAGGAGAAGAUUUAUUUAGCAGCUUUUAUUAACACAUUAGUGUGCUCCCUCCUGGGGGUAAAAAUGAGAAAAGGAAAAGCCUGAGCUGUUCAGCACCCAUGCACAAAGCUCUUGGAAAUAAGGUAAAAUGUGAUGGAAGAAGCAGCCCUUGGUGGAGGACAUGGACUCAUGGUGAUGGAACGAUAGUGUUUGGAGUGGACUGCAGAGGAGAGGGGGAAAUGUUCUCCCUACAUAGUCAUGGCAGGUCGUUCCAGGAGAAACAGUGUUUGCUGCUCAGGCAAUGGGCAAGGCACUUAGGGUAGAAGCCUUAAAAUCUGAAGUUGUGCUUGCUUUGGUGGUCUCGGGGCUUCUGCUACUGAAAGGGGACAUAAUCGGAGAGACUGAUCAGCUGCAACGUUGGCAGAGGCUGCCUCAUUCAGACGGGACAGUCAUUCUUCCUUUCGGGCCGCCAGUUGUGUGGGAGAGGGAAGGGUCAUGACUGAUGCAGUGGGUGGACCCCGGGGUGGAGGAGGAAGACGUGGAGCACACGCUAGGAUGUCAUAAAUAGUCACCCAUGGGCGAUGCCUCCAGGAGAGGGCUCAUCUGAGGAGUGGAUACUGCUUGGCUCCACGUGGCAUCGCUCCCAGGUAAGCCGGGAAGGCAGGAGGAGGGCUUCCCUGGGCUUUGCUUGAAUCCCCUUGCUUUUGACCAUGGAGGCACGCUGGCAGGCAGGGAGCCUUUCUUUCGAGCAUCCUAACAGAGACUGGUGCAGCUGCACUUCUGCUUUACCUCCCCUUAUGGUUUGUGUCUCUGUAUCGGCUGAGGUAGAAGAAGGCAGCUAAAGCAAACUUGCUGCUUGCUCAAGAGGAGUGCCGGGGGCACAGCGAGCCCUGGAGUGCUUCCUGGGGUAAGGAGACCUCCUGCCUUCCCCAGGGAGAGGGCAGAGUCCUUGGAGAGGUUAAGGGGAGACUUGCAGAAGACCGCAAAAGCCUCUGGCCCACGCUGUGAGCUCCAGAGAAGCAAUUCUGGAAUGUCCUCCAAAGCAGGGAGGUGGGACAUCCAGCAGCGGAUGCUUGUGGCUCUGGGGGAGCAACCACGCACAACCCCUGGCUGGCAGGAGGGAUCAUGGCAAGAGGCCCUCAUUCCUUAUAACCAGGGCAUGGAGGAUCAAAAGCUGAGGGAAGGUGAAGCUCCAGGAUGGGUGGAGCUGGUGGUCCACCUUGGGCUUCUUGGCUUGUGCCCUCUCCAUGCAGCCGGGUUUUGCAGCCCUGUUUCUCCAUGUUCAGCCCUCCCUGGCCCCCAGCAGCCUGCUGGGGCUGGCGUGGCCGGUCUCUCGCCAGUCACAGCGAUGUGAAUCCCCACUGGGCUGGCGCCCCUCAGCCUCUCGGGCAGUGCCGAGGCUGGACACUCCUUCCCAUCGCCACCACUGCAGGCAAGGGGGGGCUGAGGCAGCCUUUCCCACGGAAACAACCACGUGGUGCCCGUUUGCUUCUGCUUCUGCAAAGCCAGAGCGAGCUUGAAAUAAGUUAGCCAGUGUGAGAAGCAGCUUGAUUCAGGGAGCUUGUGCAAAAUGGGUGGCAACCACCAGGAAAGGGGGAAAGGCGUAAAACCAACCUGAAGCAAGAAUGAGCACAGGGUGGAAGAAACACGGGAAGCCAGGACCAGGUUGUUUUCAGCGGUCCCGGAGCCACCAAUGGACAACCCCUGUCUUGCAGGGACAGCAGAGGGAGGGCUAAUUUUUGACAAGGAGAUGGGCAGGCACUUUCUAGGUGAACUGGCAACUUAAUAAAAUGCCAACGGAGCUGGAUGCCUUGCCUGAGAGUAAGGUGAUGACCUUUUCUUAAUUGCCUUGAAUUGGUUUCAGUGUACUCAGAGCUAUGUCAGGACUAGCGCAUGAUGGGGAUGGAGCUGCUGUUGGAUUUGAUUGGAGACUGAUGUGCUCUCACAAGUCCUUGUCCAAGGAUUUCGCCCCCAUUCUCGGCUCCCUCCUGCUCACUGUAAGCACUCAAAGUCAAACCAAGCUGCAGUGGUUGGUCUCCUUCCUGCAGUAACGUUGUGGAGGAGCCAACCCUGCAGGUUGCACAGGUUUCAAAGUUCAGUGCAGGACCCGCCAGUGUCUUAAAAACUCCCUUGCCUAUUUGGCAAGGAAAUACUAGCAGGUCUGAAGUUGGGCUUCUCCUCCUGCAAUAAAAUAGCUCAGCCUCAAGAAAACUUUGGCGGCAGUAGAUUGGUGUUGGUUGAAUUUAUUUUUAGCAUUUAAUUAAUUAGAUGGCAUGAGGAAAACAGGAUUUCCAUUGGAAAUUGCUCUCAAGUAAAGACAGUGCUGGUGGGGUAGACUGGGACCUACACAAACCCAGCAACCUCUCAUCCACCUGUGUCUGUGAGAGGGGCUCAGGGAAGCCGUGGGGCAUCGCAGGGCUGAAGGCAGCCCCUUCCUCUCCUCCUUUUCCUCCCUGUCCCUGUGCAGGGUGGCCAUGUGUGUGGGGAAGUGCAGCCGGAUUGUGGGGCCCUGCCUGCUGGCGCUGGGCACACUCUCUGUGGCAGCCAACAUCCUCCUGCUCUUCCCUGGUGGAGCAUCAAAGUACCUGGUGGAGGGGCACAUCAGCAAGGAUGCCACGACCAUGCCGGGCAUCUGGGGAGGCGGCAUCGCUGUGCUGCUGGCAGCGACCCACAUCACGGCGCUGGGGUGGCGAUGCGCCGGCUGCUCCGACUGUGGCACCCGUGCAAACGCUUUCAUCUCUGCCGUCCUCUCCAAGCUGGCGCUCCUGGGUGCUGCUGCCUGCUUCGUCCUCUCUGGGGUGGGUUUGACCAACGGACCCCUCUGCUUCUACAACGCCUCCAAGCAUGGGACCCUCUGGGGUUACCCCUUCCUGGAUGAUGGCAGCCAGGAGCCUGACACCAGGGUGGAGAAUUACCUGUACGAUCGUCACACCUGGAGCAUCUGCCUGGAGCCAGUGGGCAUUGUGGCCUGGAACGUUGUCCUCUUCUCCCUCCUGCUGCUCAUCAGCGCCACCGAGAUGGUGCUGGCCUCGCUCCAGAUCCUCAAUGGCUGCUUUGGGUGCCUCUGCGGCUUUUGCGAGGGGAAGUAGGGACCUGCAGUGGUGGCAGGAGGCUGGUGCUUGGGGGAGACGUCAUCCCCGGGUGUCCCUUGGCCAAGUGGCAAAUGCUCCAGCAGGGAUAUGGCACAAGCUGUGAUGCCAGCCUGGUGCAAGAGCCCGGUGCAAGACAGACAGCCUCCCCCAUGCGGGACAGACGCCCCAGCCCGCACGUGUCGAAGCGACGUACGUGGGGUCAGUGUGCAAAGGGCUGCCUCCGUGCAGAACCCUCUGCCUGGGCAAGACCCCUUCUUCCACGCUGGAGUGGGUGCCCUUGGGGCUGGCAGCCGUUUGGGGCUGGAAACCAGCCCGGUGAGCAAUGGAGGUGAGGAUCUGGCUCCCGGCAUCCUGGCACAAGCCCAACGGCUUCCCUGGCUGCUCCUCAUUGGCCUCCACCCGAGCGCAACAUGUGACAUGGUGAUAUUCGUAGAGAUAAGAGCUAGAACACUAACUUAUUUUGUUAAUCAAUCUCUAUUUAGGGCAGCUGGUGUUGGUGUUUGUCUCCCAUGCAGGGCAAGGAGGGACAAAGGAGACUGGAGGAGCCGAGCUGGGCUCUGGCUGGGGAUGGAGUCGUGCUGAAGGAGGUAGUGCUGGAAAUGAGGUGUAGUCCCCCAAAGUUCACCCACACAGACACACACGCAUGCAGCAGACGUCAGGAGCAGCCGCUUGUUCCCACCAGCCCAGGACCCCAUUGCAGGGGGGUGUCCCCGGCUUCAGUGCAUCCCCCAUCCCUGCGGGGGGGGAUACAGGGACCGAGUAGGGGUACAGGCCUGAAGCUGCAGGUGCGGGGAGGAUGUUUGCCCCCAAACUGAUCAGGUUCAGAGGAAAGCAGCACUGUCUGUGGUAGGUUAAAAAAAAAAACAGUCAGCCAGAUUAAACAGUAACUGGGUGAUUUUGGAGAGACCGUUGAGAAAAAGAGCA